AUGAUUGGAGUAGCAAGCGAUGUUUAUGUUUUGACUAUGCUUCGAAGAAUUGAGAAAGCAAAUUUAGAGCAACAAUUUCCAAUCAGAGUCCAAUCUGCUUUACAUAACCACCCGAAUGGCGACACGUUCAUGACAAAGCAUCAAGAUGAAUGCGAAAUGAAAAGUGAGAAAAUGCUGAGGCUAAAGAAAGCUUCCAUCAGUUGUCAGACACUUCAGUUCCAUAACGAGAGCGACAUAAAUAUUUACAAGCCAUUCGGACAGUAA